GUAUCCCCGUCUCCAUGGUGAACGUGAAGGGCCUCGCUCACCUGAAGAAACAGGACCCGAAGGGGUCGGGACAGGGCAACCAGAAGCCCGCCACUGCCCUCUUCAAGAAAACCGAGGGCGAUGCCGCUGCCAGCAAGAGGAAGGUGGCGACCAAGGGGUCCCCCCCGGCUAUCAAAAAGCCGAAGAAGGGGGACAUCACCGAUAAGGAGCCCCCGGUCAUCAUUGCUGAUGAGCACCCCGCCUCCGGGGUGCAUGUGGAGAAGCCGUCAGGUGGAACGCCGGCGGGGGCAGAGGAGUUGCUGCCUGAGGUCCUCCAAGUUUCGUUUCCGAGGGGUACCUCCCUGGCCAGCGGCGCUGUCGACCCGGGGGCCAUCUUGAGGGGCAUAACCCCUGAGACGGAUAGAGCUGCCCUCAGGGCUUAUAAUGAUGCGGCCCUCGAGGACCACAUUCUCCGCUCCUCCCUCUCUGCUUGUCUAGCCCUCGGUGAACAUGCCCGGAGGCUUCAAGAAUGGCGCCUCCAUAAAGCAGAGCAGGACGCCAAGAUGAAGGAGUGCAUCCUCAAAAAUAAAGAGGCGGUGAAGCUGGGGGCCAGGCUAGAAGAGGAGCUUCGGCAAAUGGAGCUAAGAUUGGAGGCUGCAGAGAAGAGCAAGGCUGAUGCUGAGGCCGCUGCUGAGGAGGCCAGGAGAGCUGCCAAAGAGGCCGAGGACUCCAAGGUGCUAUCCGUCGCCAAGGCUCAGGAGGAGGCCGUUGAUGCCUUCGUCGCCGAGGGUUGGAGAGCCGAGGGACGCAAGAUGUGGCUGUCCUCGGUCGUGGAGGCAUACGUCGAGGAAUGGGCCGAGGGCCCUGGGUGGGAAUGGAUGGCCCGGAAGGGCAGAGAAUAUUAUGAGGCCGGUGAAUUCUUCACCCAGGCCCUCAUCUACCGGAGGAUGGCUCGGCACUUGGGCAUUGAGCAAAAGGAUUUUUCCCCUUCGGCAUAUGGCCUUCCUCCCCUGCAGCCUGAUGUCCGUGAAUCGCUCCCCGAAGGUGUACAAAGGCCCGACCUUGAGGACACGGAGCUGAAGAAUGAGGCCGAGGACGAAGCUGUUGAGGCCGGAGCGGAGGCAUCGUCGAGGCCGGCUGCAGAGGGCACCCCGGUGAAUGAUGUUGUUGAAGUUGUAGAGUGAUUUUGUUCUUAGAAAUCCCUGAACAUAUUUUGUAAUGAACAACAUUGAUCCUUCGGCUUCGGCCUGUUUGUAAUUUCACACUCACUUUUGUUUUUGAUGAAUGCAUGCUGCCUCCGGGCUCUUCACAUUUGAAUGCGCCUUAUGUUUGGAAUGUAUGCCUUCUCCUUUUUGA